AAAACCCUGGGUAAUCGCGCCGCUCCUCGGCUUCGCCGGACAUCGGCUACCAGCGGAGACCCAAGACCCCCGAAGACAGGCUCACUAACAGCAGCGGGGCGAGAGCAAGGAGAAAGGGCUGCCCGGGGCGCCCACCGACACCUUCUGGCCCCUGUUUCCCUUGACCCGGAAGUGGUUCUCCCUCCUCUCUCUCCCGCCCCCCGCCGCCGCCUCCUCUACAGUUACGAUGGGAGGAGGAGGGCGGCCGGGUCUGGCCCGGCAUGCCCUGGGCUUCCGGUGACCUCUGGCCCUUUCCUGUCGUAUGCUGUGGCUUCCUAGCGUGCUCUCUCGCUCCCAGCCUGCCUUCCCUCCCUCCGGUUUUCCUGCGCACGCCGACUGGUGACUGUGGCGCCCGCAACCAGCAGGGAGGCGGUGGCGGAGGACACUCGUCAUGGCUGCCUCUAAGCCCGUAGAGGCAGCGGUCGUCGCUGCGGCAGCGCCCGGCUCUGGGAGCGGGGUGGGCGGCGGCGGGGCGGCUGCGGGCCCGGGCACGGGGGGCCUGCCGCGAUGGCAGCUGGCGCUGGCGGUCGGGGCGCCCCUGCUGCUGGGCGCGGGGGCCAUGUACCUGUGGAGCCGGCAGCGACGGCGCCGAGAGGCUGGAGGUCGAGGCGACGCCGGCGGCUUGAAGCGCAACAGCGAACGGAAGACCCCGGAGGGGAGGGCCAGCCCGGCCCCGGGCAGCGGACACCCCGAAGACCCCGGCGCUCACCUGGAAAUGAACUCUCUUGAUAGAGCCCAAGCAGCCAAGAACAAAGGCAACAAAUACUUUAAAGCAGGGAAAUAUGAACAAGCUAUUCAUUGCUAUACAGAGGCAAUCAGUCUGUGCCCUACCGAGAAGAAUGUUGACCUUUCCACAUUUUAUCAAAACAGAGCCGCUGCCUUUGAACAGUUGCAAAAAUGGAAAGAGGUGGCACAAGAUUGUACAAAGGCUGUUGAACUUAAUCCCAAAUAUGUGAAAGCUCUCUUUAGACGUGCAAAAGCCCACGAGAAGCUAGACAAUAAGAAGGAAUGUUUAGAAGACGUCACUGCUGUGUGUAUAUUAGAAGGGUUCCAAAAUCAACAAAGCAUGCUGUUAGCUGAUAAAGUUCUUAAACUUCUUGGAAAAGAAAAAGCCAAAGAAAAAUACAAGAAUCGUGAACCUCUGAUGCCAUCUCCACAGUUUAUCAAAUCUUACUUCAGUUCUUUCACGGAUGAUAUAAUUUCUCAGCCCAUGCUUAAAGGAGAGAAGUCUGAUGAAGAUAAAGACAAGGAAGGGGAGGUUUUAGAAGUGAAAGAAAACUCUGGAUAUUUAAAGGCCAAACAAUACAUGGAAGAAGAAAACUAUGACAAAAUCAUAAGUGAAUGCUCAAAAGAAAUAGAUGCUCAAGGCAAAUACAUGGCAGAAGCAUUAUUACUACGAGCUACCUUCUACCUGCUUAUUGGCAAUGCCAACGCAGCUAAACCAGAUUUAGACAAGGUCAUCAGUUUGAAAGAAGCUAAUGUGAAGCUUCGAGCAAAUGCACUCAUCAAAAGAGGCAGCAUGUACAUGCAACAGCAGCAGCCUUUAUUAUCCACUCAGGAUUUUAACAUGGCUGCUGACAUUGAUCCUCAGAAUGCAGAUGUUUAUCAUCACCGAGGACAGCUGAAAAUACUGCUUGAUCAAGUUGAAGAAGCAGUGGCAGAUUUUGAUGAAUGUAUUAGAUUAAGACCUGAGUCUGCUCUGGCACAAGCGCAGAAAUGCUUUGCAUUGUAUCGCCAGGCAUAUACAGGAAACAAUUCUUCACAAAUCCAAGCAGCUAUGAAAGGGUUUGAAGAGGUCAUAAAGAAAUUUCCCAGGUGUGCUGAAGGCUAUGCACUAUAUGCCCAGGCAUUAACAGAUCAACAACAGUUUGGUAAAGCUGAUGAAAUGUAUGAUAAAUGUAUUGAUUUGGAACCAGAUAAUGCCACAACAUAUGUUCAUAAAGGUUUACUUCAACUUCAGUGGAAGCAAGACCUGGAUAGAGGUUUGGAGCUUAUCAGCAAAGCUAUUGAAAUUGACAGUAAAUGUGAUUUUGCCUAUGAAACCAUGGGAACUAUUGAAGUACAAAGAGGAAACAUGGAGAAAGCCAUUGACAUGUUCAACAAAGCUAUUAACCUGGCCAAAUCGGAAAUGGAGAUGGCUCAUCUAUACUCACUCUGUGAUGCAGCCCACGCCCAGACAGAAGUUGCAAAGAAAUACGGAUUAAAGCCACCAACAUUAUAAAAUAGGGGAAGGGAACAUGACUCUCUUUUUAGAAGAAGUUUACCCCCUCUGCAACUGAACCCUAAAGACACUGUCAUGAACUGUGUUCGAUGGUGGAACUUGGUAUUUCCUGUUUGUGCUGCUGUCAUUCGUUACAUCUGUUUCACAUUUAAGUGUUGUGGGAGUGGCUGUUGAAGGAAGUGUGCAGUGUUGCAGCUUUUAUUCCCUGUGCAACAAAAGCUUAAGACCUGUUCAAGGAUUAUUAAAAUGAAGUUGCAAAGAGUACAAAUGAUAAUUGGCCAUGCAAAUAAAACUUUUAUUUGUUGAUUUGGCACUUUUUUUUUUUUUAGGAGGGCGGGGAGAUGGAUGCUUUUGUCUUUAUGUGUGUGUGUAUGUGUGUAAUAUAAGUAUUUUUACAGCAUGUUGGUUUUUAAAGUAACAGAGUAAAUGUUGAAAAUUGGUUUCUUUUAGAUCCAAUUAAUCCCUUUGAGUUUUGGGGGUUUUUUGAAAGAAAUAAAGCCUACAUGGGGAUUUUGUUUUUAAGGCAGCAAAACUGGGAGAACCCUUUAAAGUACUGUCAGCAUGCACAAUGCCUCUAAUUCUGUAGAACCUUUGACUCAGUGGCAACUGUUCAGCCUUUUUACCCCUUCAACUCUGAUGGAUAAUGUACAUUAUUCUUCAAGUCCACAACAGCUGGUUUUCAUUGUAAAUUAUGCAGAAGCAAAUAUUAUGAUUGAUGUAUGUGCUGGAAGACUGAGUUAAUGGAGGAAUGGACCAGGUAAGAGGUAAGGUGAAAUGAAUGUGUUUUUAAUUGCCCAUGACUAUUUUCUGUAAUAAGUACUAUUAAAUAGUGUCUUUUUAAAAGAAAAUGCAGGUUGGUUGUAUGUUAAAGAUGGAGUGUGAUACAUGGGAGUAUUUAAUUAGCUUAAAGUUUCUAAUGAGAAAAUGGGGCUAAAGGUUCAAAAAUGAAGUAAUUCUUAGAGCCAGAAGCAUAGCAUUUUCUGAAGCUUAGUGCUUCAACUGUGGCUAAAUGUGCUUAAGGAAUUGGAGCCAAUCUUUUCAAAGACGCUAAGGACCUGUGGAGUGCUUUUAUUUUUCAGUUAAUCUUGUUCUCUAAGGCCGACUGACUUCAUUAGGGAUACUGACAGCAGGUUUUUGUUUUGUUUCUCUUUACCUUACCUUUUUACUUAGAAAUCACUUUACAUUUGGGUUUUUUCCCAGUUGUCACUUUUAUGGACCAUCCCUUUACUUAUAUGCUGCAUUUUCCUGGUGGCUGUGUUCUUAAGGGGUCUCUUGUUUUGAGAUGUUCUGGGUAGUGACAGGUUUAUUUAAGCCCAAGAAUAAAACACCAAGCCUUUGGUUACACUUUCUUGGAAAUGAAGUCUAAUUAGAGUUUACAUUGUUGGGAGUAAAGGAGCAUUUUACCCCCCUUUUAAAGGGUGCUUUAUCCUAUUGAAACCAAAAAGAUUGUCUAUAAAUGCUAUCUUUUUAGAAAUUAUUAGAAAUGACUCCCUUCCAAAGUCAGAGUCUGCACAAUACUGAGGGCCUCUAACUAAUGAGUGGGGGCAGAUAAUACAAUUUAAGAUGACUUGGAUAAUGGAAAAUAUGAAAGCUCUGCAUUUUAGUUAUUAGAUGAUGCUCUUACAAUAACCCCUGAACACAGAAAUGCUCUACAUCUCUGAGUAACCUGUGACUUAGAGAACACAAAACACCACCGUUUUUAUUUGCAUGGCUGUAUUUACAUUAACACUAACAUUCUCUCCCCCUUUCUACCCCAUGGGGCGGGGGUAAACACACAAAGGAAACGGAAGCAUGUGCCAUUCAGUACUGUCAUUCCAGUCCUCGGGAACUACUGCCUGUUCUAAAAAAUAUUUGAACCUGCACUGAAAGUUGCAUCUGUCUGUAUCUUUACUUUUGUAAAUGACCUCAUAUGUAAAUUCACCAAAUAAAUAUUACAUUCAAGCUU